AUGCGUAAUACCAGCGUUCCAGCCCAACACUUGUUACUAGCUGUCGCCGUUGAAUUUUUAAAGGGUACCGAAUGUAUCAUAUGCUGUGACACCUUUAACGGAUCCUCGUUAAAACGGGAAAAUGGGCUUAAAAGACUGUAUUUUAUAGGAAUUUUUCAAGGGUUCCGUACAGGGUCAAAAGUACCAAAAAAAAGUGGAGACUCCCGCCCACCUUUUGAUUUUUACGGUGGCUGCUAUGCUCAAACGAGUGCAUCAGGCUGGUUUGGACACUGCAAUUUGAUUGUAUGUGCAAAUUUGAAAAAAUUAAAAAUCGUUGCAAAAAAAGCGGAAAUGCCACGUUAUGAAAAGGGCCUGUCUUAA